ACGUCAUUUUUAUCAACAACACGUCAAAAUGCAGAAUUUUCUAUCAAAAGUAAUGAUGUGGCUUAAAAAUUAGUGUUUUGCUUGGUGAAAAUCGUAGUAAAAUGUCGUGAUUAGUGCUUAUAAAGUGAGGUUAUUUAUUUUGAAAGACAGAAAUAAUAAAAAUAAAAAUGGCUUAUCAAACUCUAAGCAAUGAAUACAUGAAUAUGCCCCCUGUAACGAGGGCAUAUACAACUGCUUGUGUUAUUACGACUCUGGCUGUUCAAUUAGAGUUGACUUCCCCCUUUCAACUGUAUUUCAACCCGAUUUUGAUCUACAAACAAGGUCAAUUAUGGAGACUUAUAACGACGUUUCUAUUUUUUGGAACGUUUGGCUUCAACUUCUUUUUCAACAUGAUUUUUACAUAUAAAUACUGUAGAAUGCUGGAGGAGGGUUCAUUUAGAAACAGAACGUCGGAUUUUGUCUGGAUGUUUUUAUUUGGAGCCACCUUUAUGAUUGGUUUUGCGUUUUUUGUUAAUUUAUUAUUCUUAGGGCAAGCUUUCACAAUUAUGAUUGUUUAUAUUUGGUCGAGAAGAAAUCCAGAUGUAAGGAUGAAUUUCUUUGGUUUAAUCAACUUCCAAGCUCCAUAUCUACCAUGGGUUUUACUAGGUUUUUCUGUAUUACUGGGUAAUGCUGUAUAUGUAGAUCUUAUGGGAAUUGCUGUAGGGCAUAUUUACUUCUUUUUGGAGGAUGUCUUCCCAAAGCAACCUGGCGGUUUCCAGAUAUUAAAGACGCCAACUUUACUUAAAUCCUGGUUUGACCAAGUGGAAGAUUUAAAUUAUAUGAGAUUACCGGAAGAAAACCCAGGGGGUUUUGAGUGGGAUGAAGGUCAAAGAGCCCCCGAAGAACCCCCCAACGAUAACCCGCCUCAGUGAUAAUUUUUAAUCAAUAUUAUUUUAUUAUUAAGUCCCAUAUUAUAUUUGUUUCAUCUAACACCACCAAAAAUGAUUCCUAAUCGAUUUUACUGUUACAUAUGUUGUUUAAUAAAACGUUUACUUAAGAA